GAGAGAGAGAGAGGGAGAGAGCUGAGUGUGUGUGUGUGUGAGAGAGAGAGAUGGCGGAGGCUGGAGAGGAGUUUCCUGAGCAGGUCGAUGAUGCGGAACUUUCACUGCAGGGAAUCAACAUGUUACUGAACAACGGCUUUAAAGAGAGCACAGAGCUCUUCCACAGAUACAGGAAUUACAGCCCUCUGAUGAGCUUUGGCGCGAGCUUCGUCAGUUUUCUGAACGCCAUGAUGACGUUCGAGGAGGAAAAGAUGCAAGUGGCGUCCGAGGACCUCCGGGCCACGGAGAAAAUGUGCGAGGGCGACAGCGCCGGCGUGAUCGAGACAAUCAAGAACAAGAUCAAGAAGAAUCAGGUGGAGGGUCAGAAGACUGAGGUGACCGUGAUCGAGCGGCUGCUGAGGCUCAUUAUAGUGGCCGACUGCCAGGUCUACCUAGCCGUUCUGUCCUUUGUCAGACAAGAGCUCUCAGGAUACAUUAAAGCUGGCUGGACCCUCCGCAAGGCCUGGAAAAUGUACAACAAGUGCUACAACGAGAUCACCCACUUGCAGGAAGUGUACCAGAGAAGGUCCUCGGUACCACAGGGGGCACUUUCUUUUGAUCAACCCAAAGAAAAUCAGAGUACCUCAAGUGGCGGUCCUGAACCUGAUCCGAGUCAGGAUCGCUCCCUGGCCCGGGUCUCAGAGGGGUCACGUGGCGGCAGCCGCAAAUCGUCCCCCAGUUGUUCCAAGCACGGCUCGAAAUCUCGGCCGCGACUGGAUUGCAGCGUGACCGCGGAGUCCCUGAGUCGCCUGAAGGGCUCGGUCAGUUUCGGCUACGGCCUGUUCCACCUCUGCAUCUCCAUGGUGCCCCCUCACCUGCUGAGGAUCAUUAACCUUCUGGGAUUCCCCGGCUCGCGACAGGAGGGACUCGACGCCCUCAUGUACUCCAGCGAAAGUAAGGACAUGAAGGCCCCUCUCUCUACACUGGCCCUGCUGUGGUAUCACACAGUUGUCCAGCCCUUCUUUGCACUGGACGGCUCUGAAACAGUGGCAGGACUUCAAGCUGCUAAAGCCAUACUCGAGAAGAAUGAAGACGAAUAUCCAAACUCCUCCCUCUUCAUCUUCUUUAAAGGGCGAGUGCUGCGGCUCGAGUGUGAGAUCAGCAGGGCUUUAAUAUGCUUUAACAACGCUUUGGAGCUGGCUUCAGAACAGAGGGAGAUCCAGCACAUCUGUCUGUACGAGAUUGGUUGGUGCAGUAUGAUUGAGAUGAGCUUCUCUGAAGCAUACAAAGCAUUCGAUCGUCUGAGGACAGAGUCACGCUGGUCCCAGUGCUACUACUCCUACCUCACUGGAGUGUGUCAGGGAGCUGCAGGCGAUUUAGACGGAGCUUGUAACGUGUUGAAAGACGCGGCUCUGGUGUUCAAGAGGAAACACAACCAGAUUGAGCAUUUUUCCAUGAGAAAGGCUGAGGAUUUAAGGAAACCCGGCCCUACGAAAGAGCGAUGCACCAUGGCUGCCAUCGAGAUUCUGUACCUUUGGAAAGCUCUAGCUAACUGCUCCACCGCCAAACUGCACCUUAUGAUUGAAGUUCUUCAACAGAUGGACGGCUCGUCGUAUUGUGGACUGAGACACCUGCUGCUGGGCGCCGUGCACAAAAGUCUAGGGGAUAACGCCAGCGCGAUAAAGAGUUUUCAGAUGGCGUUUAAGGAUGAAGAAGGACAAGUCAGUAACUCCUACGUGCAGCCUUAUUCCCUCUAUGAGCUGGGAUGUGUGCUACUAGAAAACCCCGAGUCUACAGCCAAAGGGAGAGCUCUGCUUCAUCAGGCCAAGGAGGACUUCUCUGCGUACGAUUUCGAGAACAGGCUGCAUGUGCGGAUCCACUCAGCUUUAGCUUCUUCAGCUACAGCGACGACUCCACAAUAACUCCUUUGUUGUAGUUCUCCUUCUCAGAAAUAGAAUGUACACAAACCAGCAACAAACACCCGAAGCGUCAUUCAGAGGAAUCAGAAACAAGCAAACCGGAACGAGCAGAGCCUCAGACUGUUACUGAUGAUCAUGGACUGUUCAUGGGUCAAAUGUUUUUUUGUUUUUUCCCUUUUACCCCCAAGCACAACUUGCAUCUGAGUGUUCAACUCAAACCGGGACUUCUGAUUGUGCAGAACAACAGACCCAGCUAUGAGAGUAAAAACUACAGCAGUUCCUCUGCAUACAAAUUUAAUCCUUUAAUUUGUAAUCUUAGUUCCUAAGGCAAGUUCUUACACAUUUCCACAUGGAAAAUAAUGUAAAUGCAGAUAAUCUAUUUCAGUCACCCAAAAAUAUUACCAAUAUUACCAAUUUCUGACACUAAAAUCAUACUUUUGCAUAAGAAAACAAUCAAUACAUUUAGAAAAGACAUGUAAAUGAAAUAAAAUAUGAAAGAAAUAGACAUGAAACUUAAUCUGACUUAACCUUAAUUAAUGAUUCAUUUCAUUACCAGCUGCUUUAAAAACUAAACUGAAAGCGGCUCUGUUUUCUUCUUGCUACCAUCCUUGAUAACAUCUUUAAUUCACUAAAUCUUGCACAAGACCCCCACCAAACCCCGCCCCCCAAGUUUUAAACAGCCAGUUUGUUCGGCUCUGUUAGUUCACUCGAAUGUGGAAAAUGCUUUGUAUGUUUGCAAAAUUUUAGUUCUUUAGGCAGAAGUUCGAAUGCUGAGAUACCACUGUAUCUUUAUUUCUCUAUAGAAUCCCCUGCUACACUAAUGUACUUAUCCCAGCUUUUCACUAGUGCUUGGAUACCAUCAAGGUAAAAAGGUUCCUUGAAUCCCUGAGUCACAGACAUACAGCCUUUUUUUUAAAAAAACGUUUUCCUCAUUCAAAUGUUUUACUUUGUCUUAAGAGUCUCAACACCAUACCGUGCUUGAUGUCUUCUGUAAUUGUUUUAUCAUCAUUCACAAGCAAAAUCACCAGUCCCGGUUUGACUUGAACACCACUCAUAUAUAUUUUAAUACUUGUUGAGAAAAGAUGAAUAGUCAAUUUUAUUUUGUGAAUUGUUAUUGAAAAAAAAUCCAGUCACAAAGUAGAUUUAUCAAAUAGUGCCUGUGUUAUACUUAAAAUCACUUCUAACUUAUUUGAUCGAGUUUACAAAAAAAUAGGUAACAUGUUCAGAUGUAAGAGAUACAUCUGUGUGUGUCUUGCAAGAGAUAGGAGAUUUAAAAUGUGUUAUUUCUUUCUUUUUUUUUUGGUUGGGGUCAGUAGUCUGGAACCUGGCCAUGCCUGUGGUGGUUUAAGUGGACAGAGGUAGCUCAGUGAUCAAGGUGUUGUACUACUGAUCGGAAGGUGGCAGGUUCAAACCCCAGCACCACCAAGUUGCCACUGUUGGGGCCCUUGAGCAAGGCCUUGACUCUUAACUGCUCAAAUGUAUAAUAGGAUAAAAUGUAAGUCGCUCUGGACAAGGGCGUCUGCCAAAUGCUGUAAAUGUGUGGUCUUCAUUACAACAUGAACAAAAGUCUUGCCAAAUCAUAACCCGUCACACCUCCUGGUUUAAUGUUCACUCAUACAGCUAGCAGUUGCACAUCUAAAUUUUUUAAAUAUUUUUAAGACAUACCAAAGUAUAAAAGAGGCUGCCUAGAGAACCUGAAUAUUGUUUGUCAGUAAAUACCGAAAUAUUUGUUGUUCUACUAACAAAUUCCAAAAUAACAAUGUAUCCUUAUAUAUGUGAUGUCAUCGUCUGAAGCUGUAUGACUUAAAAUGUAUUACUGAUUACUGUUACAUUUUAGAAAAAACUGCUCUGUUACUUGUGGUUUGCUGAAAAUAUCUCGAAUGUGAAAUCAAGCCUUUAUUUUGUGGUACAGUAAAAGUGUUGUUUAAUAGGUAGGUACUAUAUGUGGUAUUUAAGUAUAGGUUAUUUACACACAGACUUUUGACGAACAGUACAGUAUGUAAUAUUUUUGUAAAACUGGCCAAGUUUGUACUCUAAUGCAAUAGCUACUCAGAUUGUAAUGAUAUCCAUGUGAUCAUGUGACGUAAGUCAUAUGAGUCAUAUUUUUCUAAAUUGAAUAUUUAAUUGUGUGGUGAGUAAUGUUUAAAGUACCAGGUACACUAACACAGUUAGUGCUAAGUAACAUAACAGUGGUAUGAAAUAAGCUGACUGAAAUUAGCAGGUAAAUACAUAAGGAACACAAGAAACGCUUUCUUUUUUUUUUUUUUCAUGUAAGUUAUUAUCCACUUAUAUUUGCAAAGGAUGGACUAAUCAUUAGCUGUACCGUGUCAUUAUUCUAACGCAGCAUGACGUGCUACUGUUCAAACUGAAUACUUUUCGCACAUAACCUAUUAGGUACUUGAAGGUCCAGUGUGCAAGGUCGUACCUGACGGUACUGCAUGCUGACCUGAUAAAUACUACCUAGCUACUGUACUGGUAAAUAAAGUAUUACUCAAAAUGGUAUAAUUGUGUUUAACUGAGUAAACAGCAUUAAACCACUUUAAGUUAAACACAGUUAUAGUAAAUUCUGUGGAGAUUACUAAAAAUAUUGUCCUGGGUGAGGCAGCUAUGUAUGAAAAACAUGACAGCUAUGUCUGAAGUGUUUUUGAUUUCCUUGUCCUCAGCAGUAACAUGUCCUUUAUUAUACCCAUGCUGUUCUUGACUGUUGCUUUCGGAAAAUAAAAUAAACA